AUGGCGCAAGCUUUGAGGUUCGAUGGCCAGACCGUUGUUGUCACUGGAGCCGGAGCUGGCAUUGGCAAAGAGUACGCGCUAUUCUUUGCAUCCAGGGGUGCAAAUGUCGUGGUCAACGAUUUAGGAGGAUCUAUCAAGGGCGAGGGUGCUAGCUCAAAGACUGCCGACCUAGUGGUGAACGAGAUCAAAGCUGCCGGUGGCAAGGCUGUUGCAAACUAUGACAACGUUCUCAACGGCGAGAGGAUCAUACAGACCGCCAUCGACGCCUUUGGUCGCAUUGAUGUCUUGAUCAACAAUGCUGGCAUCCUCCGCGAUAUCAGCUUCAAGAACAUGACAGAUACCGACUGGGACCUCAUUACCGAUGUUCAUGUUACUGGCCCUUACAAAACCACGAGGGCCGCCUGGCCAUAUUUCAGAAAGCAAAAAUAUGGCCGAGUGAUCAAUACUUCAUCUUCUGCCGGGUUAUUUGGUAACUUUGGCCAAUGCAACUACGCCGCCGCCAAAAUGUCCCAGGUGGCCUACACGAAGACGUUGGCAAGGGAGGGGGCAAAGUACAACAUUUUGUGCAACGUUAUCGCACCAAUGGCUGCGAGCCGAUUGACCGCCACUGUCCUCCCUCCUGAAGCAAUGCAACAACUGAAGCCGGAAUGGAUUGUCCCACUGGUUGCGGUACUGGUGCACCCGUCCAACCGCGAGAGUGGUUCUGUCUUCGAAGUUGGCGCUGGACACAUGGCCAAGCUGAGAUGGGAACGUUCAGAUGGCCUCCUCCUUAAGCCCGACCGCUCAUAUACUCCUGGAACCAUUCUAAAAGCAUGGUCUAAAGUGAAUGACUUCUCGAGGGCAGACCACCCUGAUGGCCCCACUGAUAUGGUGAAAAGACUGCAGGAGUCUCUGCAGAUCAAAAAGAACGAACCGGGCCCGGAAAUUCGGUUCGAUGAGAAGGUUGUUCUGAUCACUGGUGCUGGUGCUGGUCUUGGUCGAGCAUAUGCAUUGGCAUUUGCGAAACUCGGUGCCAAGGUUGUCGUCAAUGAUCUUGUCAACCCAACCGACGUCGUCAAUGAGAUCAAAGCUUUAGGAGGUCAGGCUGUUGCCAAUAAGGCCUCGGUUGAAGAUGGCGGUGCCGUUGUCAAGACUGCAAUCGACACCUGGGGUAGAGUCGAUAUCCUGAUCAACAACGCAGGUAUUCUCAGAGACAGGGCAUUCGUUAAUAUGACCGAUGACCAGUGGCAUAUUAUUAUGAAUGUACACCUGCGGGGCACGUACAAGGUGACAAAGGCGGCCUAUCCCUAUAUGGUCAAGCAAAAGUACGGUCGAAUCAUCAACACCACCAGCACAACCGGCAUCUACGGCAAUUUUGGCCAGUCUAAUUAUGCUGCUGCAAAAGGAGGCAUUCUUGGAUUCUCCCAAGCUUUAGCCUUGGAGGGCAAAAAGAACAAUAUCUUCGUCAACACUAUUGCGCCAAAUGCUGGAACUCAACUCACCCGAACGGUAAUGCCAGAGGAGCUGGUUCAAGCAUUCAAACCCGACUACGUAGCACCUCUCGUCCUUCUUCUGAGUUCUGACAUGGUUCCACCCCCGUCCACAGGUCUGCUAUUCGAAGUCGGCAGUGGCUGGCAAGCCCGGACCAGAUGGCAGCGAACCGGCGGCCACGGAUUUCCAGUCGAUGUCAAGCUCACCCCCGAGGCUGUUCUCGAGCAAUGGUCCAAAAUCAUUAAUUUCGAUGACGGCCGUGCCGACCACCCUACAACCAUUGCAGAGGGCGGCAAAGGAAUCUAUGACAACUUGCAAAACAAAGUCCAGAAGUCCACAACCAAGGACAAGAAGGAAUAUCUAGCAGUCAUUGAGGUGGCGAAGAAGAGCAAGCCUUUCGGCACUCCAUUCAGCUGGACGGACAGGGACGUCAUUCUGUACGCCCUCUCGCUUGGUGCGAACAGGACACAACUCCCAUUGAUCUACGAGAACGACCCGAAUUUCCAAGUCUUACCCACUUACGGCGUUAUUCCAUUUUACGGCGCCAAAUCCGAACAUGAUCUCGAUCAACUUGUCCCAAACUUCAGUCCAAAAAUGAUUCUACAUGGCGAGCAAUAUCUCGAGAUCCGAAAAUUUCCCAUCCCCACAACUGCAAACGUGAUGUCUUACCCGCAACUAUUGGAGGUGGUUGACAAAGGCUCUGCUGCCAUAAUCAUGCAAUCAUAUUCGACAAGGGAUGCAGCAAAUGAUGAGGAGCUAUUCUACAAUCAAUUCACGCUAUUUGUUCGUGGAUCUGGCGGAUUUGGCGGCGUCAGGAACGAUAUCAAUCGCGGCCCCGCUAGUGUUGUCUAUACACCACCAAAGCGCGCUCCUGACUCGAUCGUUGAAGAGAAGACGUCCGAGGAUCAGGCCGCCAUAUAUCGUCUUAUGGGUGAUCGUCUCCCGUUGCACAUCGACCCCGAAUUCGCCCGCGCCGGCGGCUUUAAAGUGCCUAUUCUGCACGGACUCUGUACCUUUGGUUUUGCCGGCAAGCACGUUCUCUUGACGUACGGCGAAUUCAAGAAUAUCAAAGUUCGAUUCGCUGGCACUGUGGACCCCGGACAAACGCUCGUUACAGAGAUGUGGAAGGAAGGAAACAAAGUGAUUUUCCAGACCAAGAUCAAAGAGACAGGAAAGUUGGCUCUGUCGAACUGUGGCGCUGAAUUGCGAGGUAUACCUAAGAUGAAACUGUAG